UGACCCCGGGCACUGUGACCCCCCCCUGACCCUGGGCACUGCGCCCCCUGACCCCCCCUGACCCCGGGCACUGUCCACGAUGCUGAGCAAUUCUCGAGCCGGUUGCCUGAAGGAUCCUGAGGUGGCCGAGCUUUUCUACAAGGACGACCCAGAGAAACUGUUUGUCGACCUGCGAGAGAUCGGCCAUGGGAGCUUCGGGGCUGUUUACUUUGCGAGGGACAUGCGAAGCAGUGAAGUGGUGGCCAUUAAGAAGAUGUCAUACAGCGGGAAGCAGUCCAACGAGAAAUGGCAGGACAUUAUUAAGGAGGUGAAAUUCCUGCAGAAUCUCCGACAUCCAAACACCAUUGAAUAUAAAGGCUGCUACCUCCGGGAGCACACAGCCUGGUUGGUGAUGGAAUAUUGUCUGGGAUCAGCCUCUGACUUGCUGGAGGUUCACCGGAAGCCACUCCAGGAAGUUGAGAUUGCAGUCAUUACCCAUGGUGCCUUGCAGGGCUUGGCGUAUCUUCACUCACACAAUAUGAUCCACAGAGAUGUAAAGGCUGGUAAUGUUCUCCUGACAGAGCCAGGACAAGUGAAACUGGCUGAUUUUGGUUCUGCCUCCAUCGUUGCUCCAGCCAACUCCUUCGUAGGGACGCCAUAUUGGAUGGCCCCUGAAGUGAUCCUAGCCAUGGAUGAGGGGCAGUAUGAUGGGAAGGUUGAUGUCUGGUCUCUCGGUAUCACUUGUAUUGAGCUUGCGGAGAGGAAGCCGCCCCUGUUUAACAUGAAUGCAAUGAGUGCCUUAUAUCAUAUCGCCCAGAAUGAGUCACCCGUGCUACAGUCCAACCACUGGUCAGACUAUUUCCGGAAUUUUGUGGAUUCCUGUUUACAGAAGAUUCCACAGGAUCGUCCGACUUCUGAUGUCCUCCUGAAGCAUGUGUUUGUGAAGAGAGACAGGCCUCAGACAGUCAUCAUGGACCUGAUUCAACGGACAAAGGAGGCAGUCCGGGAGCUGGACAACCUCCAGUACCGCAAAAUGAAGAAGAUUCUCUUCCAGGAGACACGCAAUGGCCCCACGGCGGAGGCACAGGACGAUGACGAGGUAAGGCCUCCCCCCAGAGUGAUCAAGUGA